AUGCGGAUCUGCCAUUUUUCGACAGCAGCUGCCGUACUCUUACUGGCAAUUGGCACAACUGCGGUGGAGAGCUCGUCAGAUAGCCUUGCGGGUAGCAAAAAUGGCAAUAACCUUGAGCCUCCAGUAGGAGUUUCGGGUCAUCUCAUGUCACAAAAAGGCUCCUCCGUCAAGGCCGCUCCCAAAGGGACGCUGGACGCCCCCGUUGAUGGCAAGGAUGGCAAACCUCACGAUGGGCCAUGGGUGGAAACGGCAGCUGAGCGAGAUCGCAAGAAGGAAAAAGGAGACGGUAAGUCUCCCACUACAAUGGAAGCACAACAGGGUGGAAAGGGUGUAGGGCUGGAUGGUAAACCGAUUCCCACCUCGAACGAAGGGGUUAUGGACGAUCCUAGCAGAUUGGGUCCUAAAGAGGGUACAAGAGGCACCGAAGGUGGUAUGACGAAGAAGACCAAGGAUACCAAGCAAUACGAAGGCAAGGUGCCAGAGACGCCUAAGGAGGCUCGCCCUCUGCCACAUAGUGAACAGGAGAAGAUUCCUGGCUACCAGGAUUCUCACGAGGUCAAAGAUCAGAAGACAGGAGAUGCAGUGCUUGAGAAGCCCGACGAUCUACCGGACAAACCACAUAAUAUCCCUCAUCCGAAAUCCCCUGGACAGACCACCGACGACUCUCUUGAUUACAAAGCUCCCCCAUCUGGAAGGAAACCCCUCACCAAAACGGGCGAUUCGUCUACGGGAGACGUUGGUGGAGGAAAUGUCUUCAGUCCUAUCCAUUCCUUAUUCCUCUCAUUUACUAUGAUUUUGGUCUCCGAGAUUGGCGACAAAACAUUCUUGAUCGCUGCGCUCAUGGCAAUGCGUCACCCGCGUCUAGUCGUCUUUACUGCUGCUUUCUCUGCCUUGAUUACAAUGACCGUCCUCUCUGCUGUCCUCGGACAUGCCGUCCCUACGCUCAUACCCGCAGCCUAUACGCAAUUCGCCGCUGCGAUCUUGUUUCUCGUCUUCGCCGCCAAAAUGUUCAAGGAGGGACGUGGCAUGUCGCCGGACGAAGGUGUCGGUGAAGAAAUGAGAGAAGUCGAGAUGGAGUUGGAAGAAAAGGAGCACGAGCAGCGACGUAUGAAGAACCGACGACAAUCGUCGGUCACUCCAUACGCUCUCGAGGCUGGUCGCGGUGGUCGCACGCGAUCGACUAAUCGUCUUCCUUCGCCGCCCGAGAGCGUGUCCUCGGCCUCCUCUCGCGAAGUGUCGCCGGAGCGCGGCUUUUCGUUGAACAAUAUUACUGCAGGAACCGCCAAUCUGUUCUCACUCCUAUUGACUCCUGCAUGGGUACAAACUUUCGUCAUGACAUUUCUCGGUGAAUGGGGUGACCGUAGCCAGAUUGCAACGAUCGCCAUGGCCGCUGGUCAGGACUAUUGGUGGGUUACGAUUGGUGCUGUUCUCGGCCAUAGUAUUUGCACGGCAGUCGCAGUCAUUGGUGGCCGUGCAAUUGCUGGUCGAGUCAGUCUUCGCGCAGUUACUUUGGGCGGAGCAGGCGCUUUCCUUGUCUUUGGUAUCAUCUACCUCAUCGAAGCGAUAUUUUAG